AUGACGAAGGAGCUUCAGAAUGGCGGAUUGGCGGCACCAACCUCGCACCAACCAGUACAGCCAAUUGUUUCUGACAGCCUCGAUUACCAGCUCUGGCAGAUUAUCCAAAAGGCCAGCUCAAGCCGUCAAAAAAACGCGCAAAAGGAGCAAAUAGUUCAGCAGCUGUGUGCUAAGUAUACCUUGCUGCGCAAAAAGAUACGAAAUUUAAAAGAGCAGCAGGAUGCGAUAAAGUCUAAACUUGGCAAGGCUUUCGAAAAGCAGGGAAAACUGCUGACUGAGCAGGAGACCUUGGAGCUCGAGCUUACAGCGAUUCAGAAAGAGAACAAAGAGCUUAGGCAAUGGGCUUGCAGGUUCCCGGAAAACGCCCAGGGCCCCAGUGCCGACACGGAGACAGACAAAAAAACGGAACAGCAGUUGCUGGAUUGCCAGAUUAUAGCCGAACAGCAUGCACAGGAUUCCCGUCUGUUACAAGAGGAGAACAAAGGCCUGAGAGAACGUUUGAAGGCGUUUGAGGAGCGCGGAAAAGGUCUGUCAAACGAUUUUGAGCAGUUUGAGGCGCAAGACAAUUUGUUACGCGAAAACGGAUUGCUAAGGCAAAAAUAUAAGGACGUCCGACGGGAGCUUGUGGGAUAUUUUCCCGAUUUACAGGAAGACGCCGGCAAUCUUUCAUCGAUUUUGGCUGAAAAUGCUGGAAGGGCUAAAAGGAAAAAGAGAAACUAG